UCUCAAGCGGUCACAGAACAGAGAAAACUAAACAUAUAGCAAUAUGUCUAGCUCCAGCAGAAAGAAGCUUCUUUUGAACACCGUGUCUGUGAAACUAGGCUGCGGCAGCUGCAGAAGGCCAAAACUGUGUCGCAUUUUCCAUCCAAAGCCAAAACCCAAGAACCCCACUUACCAAAAGAACAAACUUUACAACCAUUCUUCCUGUUCACGCACGUGGGGUGAGGACAAAUACGACAGUGCCAGCACCUCCAACACUACUGCCACGACAUUCUCUCCCUGCUACGUUGAUUCCUCACAGUUUUCUGACUCAGAGAACAACGCGAAGGCCCCCAAGACAUUAGGAGGUUUCGGCAAAGCUGGCAAAGAAGGGGUGGCGGUGGAGAAAGAUUCUGAAGACCCUUAUCUGGAUUUCAAGCAGUCCAUGCUGCAAAUGAUAUUAGAGAACGAGAUAUACUCUAAGGACGAUCUCAGGGAGCUUCUGAACUGUUUUCUUCAGCUGAAUUCCCCUUAUCAUCAUGGUGUUAUAGUUAGAGCUUUCACUGAGAUCUGGAAUGGGGUCUUCUCUGUGAGGUCCAAUUCACCCAGGUUUCACAUCACCCGUAAGCCACGUGAGUUCUAAGUUUUGCACGUGGCCUUGGUUAACAAGUUGUUUAAGUAGCUGCGCUAAGUGCUUUGUACUAGGUUGAAUCUUAAGUUCAA